UAUAAUUGUGUAUACCAGUUUGGUUGUUUAGGGUUUUAAUAUUUCUUAUUCGUGUUGAUGAUGCAAAAUCAAUUAAAGUUACAAGUUAUUUAAAAAUUCACAUUGAUUUUGAUUUUUAAAAGGAAUAACCGAUAAUGUGUUUCAAAUUUAUCUUAUAAGGGAUAAUUAGUACAGACUAUUGUAUUAUAGUUUGAUUUUAUCACGUUAAGUAUUUGUUUCUUAUCUACAAAUGUAAAAUUUGCGAGAGCUAUUUAUAAAUGUCAAGAAACGCGUACAUAUUUGCAGAGGAUAUUGCAGAGACUAUAAGUUCUCAUGAAGAAGUCAAAGCGCCAAGAAUGGAGACAGACAUCAGUAAAAAUACAAAAUGGAGACUGAAGAAAGUAAAUAAAGUCUGGUUUCUAGAUAUCGGAGGAAAACUAAAAUGGCUUGAUAUAUUAGACAAAGCAAUCGAAGUAGUCAUGGAAGAGAACAUAAUUUUUGCGGACGACUUAAUGUAUCAGGUUUCUGAAGAAAGUGAUGGGGAAGUCAUUAUUACUGAAAUAAAAAGCAUUAAUAAGAAAGACAAAACAUCAGGGUUUAAACAGGAUGAUCAAGUGUUCCAAACAGAAAUAGAUAUAAAACUUAAGACAAGAGAAGAAGAUAUUAAAUAUAUUAAAGAGUCACCAGGAACAUCGAUUGAAGGUGAUUCAGUUCAGGAUAUUGCUUUUAUGAGACAAACCGAGGCACAAAAUGACGAAUUUAGAUCUUUUGCAGAUGGUCUGGCAAAGAAUGAAGGAGGAGGUAAUAGUUCAGAUAAGGAAGAAAUGGUGAAUAAUGACAAUGGAAGUGAAGAAUAUGUUGAAAGGAAUGAUGGCCUGGUAAAGAAUGAAGGAGAAGAAAAUUCUUCAGAUAAUAAAGAAAUGGUCAAUAAUGACAAUGGCAGUGAAGAAUAUGUUGAAAGGAAGGGAAAGAUCCGAGGCUUUUUCAAACGUAUGAAACAAAUUAUAAAAAAGAAACCUGCCAAUACCAAGUAUGGAGAUCCUGUCUACGAUUUUGUACAGAAUGCGUUUGAAGAGGGUUCGUGUGAUAGUAUUAGUGAUGAAGAUGUUGAGAAUGAAGAGGAAAUUUGUAUUGAUCGUGAAGAUGACGAAUUAUCUUUUGACCCGGGCGACAUUAUUACAAACAUAGAUCCGGUAGAUGAAGAUUUACGGAUGGAAACAACAGCAAAUGCAGCAAACGGGCAGUUUCCGACCAAAUAUGUGAAAGUCUGUGAAAAAUCUUAUUCUAAAGUAACAGAAUUAUGAAUAUGAAAAAUGGCAAUAUACCAAACACUUGCAGAUGAACUCAAGAACCAAAGACAUAUACUUGUGCUUUAUUUUGAAGAUGCUUUGUCCGCAGAUAACAGAUGAACACAAUAACUUCCUUUUCAUGUUGUUAAUAUCAUCUUUUACAAGUGUUUUAAGUUUGAUUGAAAGCUUCUGAAACUGAUUUACUAGUAAAAAUCAAGUUGUCUGCAAUGAGCUAUAUAGGCUUAAAAAUUAAUCAUAAAAAAAACGAAGGUGAGAAAAUAUUUUUUUUUGUAAAAGAGUGGAAUGAAAUAUUAAUAUUUUAUUUAAAAACAAAUUAUAUCAUACAACUCAUUAACUACUAGUUGUUUCGUUUGUAGAAAAUUUGACAGGGUUUACAUUAUAAUAAUAAAAGGAUUAAAGUGAAUCGGUCUCUAAUGGAAGACAUGUAAACAUUUAAUAUUUAUGUUGAUUUUUCUUUUAAUAAAAAUCGCUAAAUCUCGAGGACACCAUUAAUAAUUGUAAUUCUUUUGUUAUUUGCAAUUAUAAAUAAAAAAUAUCAACAUUUCCUUAAUAUUUUAUAACAUUGAUUUAUUCAACCGGAACUUUUACGUUGAAUAAGUAAAUUUUGAAUAAAACUGUAACAACCUUGAAUACCCAUGGAUUGUUUAAGCCAUUUAUUUUGGUAGUGUUGUAACAUGCAGAUUUUUGUCCGAGACAACAAAGUCUAGUGGUAUAAGUUUAGGUUAUUU